GCCCGGAGCGCGCGGCCGGGAGCGCACACGCGGGACGGACGGGCGGGCGGAGCGGAGCCGCCGGAGAUGCCCUGUAUCCAAGCCCAAUAUGGGACACCAGCACCAAGCCCAGGACCCCGAGACCACCUGGCAAGCGACCCCCUGACCCCCGAGCUCAGCAAGCCCACCAUGGACCUGGCCAGCCCUGAGGCAGCCCCCACCGCCCCCACGGCCCUGCCCAGCUUCAGCACUUUCAUGGACGGCUACACGGGGGAGUUUGACACCUUCCUGUACCAGCUGCCGGGAACGGCCCAGCCAUGCUCUUCGGCCUCCUCUUCGGCCUCCUCCACGUCCUCCUCCUCGGCCACCUCCCCCGCCUCUGCUUCCUUCAAGUUUGAGGACUUCCAGGUGUACGGCUGCUACCCUGGCCCCCUGAGCGGUCCCCUGGACGAGACCCUGUCCUCCAGCGGUUCCGACUACUACGGCAGCCCCUGCUCAGCGCCGUCCCCGUCCACGCCCAGCUUCCAGCCACCCCAGCUCUCUCCCUGGGAUGGCUCGUUCGGCCCCUUCUCACCCAGCCAGACGUACGAAGGCCUGCGGGCAUGGACAGAGCAACUGCCCAAGGCUUCUGGGCACCCCCAGCCGCCCGCCUUUUUUUCCUUCAGCCCCCCUACUGGUCCCAGUCCCAGCCUUGCCCAGAGCCCCUUGAAGCUGUUCCCCUCACAGGCCACCUGCCAGCUGGGGGAGAGAGAAAGUUAUUCCAUAUCCACGGCUUUCCCGGGCCUGGCGCCCACUUCUCCACACCUCGACGGCCCAGGGAUGCUGGACGCACCGGUGCCUUCGGCCAAGGCCCGGAGCGGGGCCCCCAGUGGAAGCGAGGGCCGCUGUGCCGUGUGUGGGGACAACGCUUCGUGCCAGCAUUACGGCGUCCGCACCUGCGAGGGCUGUAAGGGCUUCUUCAAGCGCACAGUACAGAAAAACGCCAAGUACAUCUGCCUGGCUAACAAGGACUGCCCUGUGGACAAGAGGCGGCGAAACCGCUGCCAGUUCUGUCGCUUCCAGAAGUGCCUGGCCGUAGGCAUGGUGAAGGAAGUUGUCCGGACAGACAGCCUGAAGGGGCGGCGGGGUCGGCUCCCUUCGAAGCCCAAGCAGCCCCCGGACGCCUCCCCUGCCAACCUCCUCACGUCCCUGGUCAGGGCACACCUGGACUCCGGGCCCAGCACAGCCAAACUGGACUACUCCAAGUUCCAGGAGCUGGUACUGCCCCACUUCGGGAAGGAAGAUGCCGGGGACGUGCAGCAGUUCUACGACCUGCUUUCGGGUUCCCUGGAGGUCAUCCGCAAGUGGGCCGAGAAGAUCCCCGGCUUUGCCGAGCUGUCCCCGGGUGACCAGGACCUGCUGCUGGAGUCGGCCUUCCUGGAGCUCUUCAUCCUCCGCCUGGCCUACCGCUCGAAGCCGGCCGAGGGGAAGCUCAUCUUCUGCUCGGGCCUGGUGCUCCACCGGCUGCAGUGCGCCCGCGGCUUUGGCGACUGGAUCGACAGCAUUCUGGCCUUCUCUCGGUCCCUGCACGGCCUGGUGGUGGACGUCCCUGCCUUCGCCUGCCUCUCGGCGCUCGUCCUCAUCACAGACCGGCACGGGCUGCAAGAGCCAAGGCGGGUGGAGGAGCUGCAAAAUCGCAUCGCCAGCUGCCUGAAGGAGCACGUCUCGGCCGUGGCGGGCGAACCGCAGCCGGCCAGCUGCCUGUCACGCCUGCUGGGCAAGCUCCCCGAGCUGCGGACCCUGUGCACCCAGGGCUUGCAACGCAUCUUCUACCUCAAGCUGGAGGACUUGGUGCCCCCUCCGCCCAUUGUCGACAAGAUCUUUAUGGACACACUGCCCUUCUGACCCCAGCCCAGGAACACGCGUGCGCCGUGAAUGCACGCUCCUACACCACCCCACGUGCCUUUAGCCCAUGGCCCACGGACCCUCAGAGCACCCCCAGCCUGGGCUUGAGCCGCAGACCAGCCGGCCUCCGCCCUUGUACUGGGUGGUUGGCAGGGAGCUCACGCCCUGGGGGAGGGGGAUGCAUUCAUGGGGGUGACCCCUACUACUUGUCUUAGCCCCCAGCCCAGCCCUGGCCUUCAUGUUUUUGUAAGAUAAACCGUUUUUAACACACACCGCCGUGCUGUAAAUAAGCCAGAUGCUGCUGUAAAUAUAGGAAGGAAGAGGCUGAGAUGGGAGUGGGGGCUCGGAGGGAGGGGCGGCCCCCACCAGCCCGGGCAAGCCUCUCCCGCCUCCUUGCACCUGCUCUCUCUUCCCACCCUCUUUCCACAUGUACAUAACCUUACUCUACAAAGAAGACAAAUGACAGAUUCUGACAUUUAUAUUUGUGUAUUUUCCUGGAUUUAUAGUAUGUGACUUUUCUGAUUAAUAUAUUUAAUAUAUUGAAUAAAAAAUAGGCCUGUAGCUGAAA